AUGAGACUGCAACUGCUGCUUACCGCCCUUGUUGGCGCCUGUCGCGUUCAGGCUGCAGCAGUGUUCGCCCAUUUCAUGGUGGGAAACACGGCCGAGUACAGCGACGAUACUUGGCGAACGGACAUACGGCUUGCCAAGGAGGCGCACAUCGACGCUUUCGCGCUGAACAUGGCGCAUGGCGAGUCCGUGAACGAGGCGUCGCUCGAGAAGGCCUUCCGCGCUGCCGGGAACGAGGGCUUCAAGCUUUUCUUCUCCUUCGACUAUGCUGGCCGUGGACCGUGGCCCAAAGACACCGUCGUUGCUUACUUGAAGAAGUACGCAUCUAGGGCCGAGUACUUCAAGCACAGCGAUGGGAAACCCCUCGUGUCCACCUUUGAGGGCCCUGGGAAUGCCCAAGACUGGAUCGAUAUCAAGAAGCAGGUCAGCUGUUUCUUCAUCCCCGACUGGUCUUCCGAGGGCGCCGAGCCCGCCCUGGCGCUGGCGGGUGGCGUGGCCGACGGUCUCUUCAACUGGGCCGCUUGGCCAUGGGGCGCGCAGGACAUGGAUACCUACGUCGAUGCUUCUUACGUGCAUUACCUCAACAAGAAGCCCUACAUGAUGCCCGUCUCUCCGUGGUUCUACACCAACAUGCCUGGGUACAACAAGAACUGGAUGUGGCGCGGCGACGACAUGUGGCAUAACCGCUGGAUCCAAGUUGUGUAUAACCAGCCCGAAUACGUCCAGAUCAUCUCGUGGAACGACUACGGCGAGUCCCACCACAUCGGCCCUCUGUACGACCACGCCAUGGAGGCGUUCGAGGUCGGCAAGGCCCCGUUCAACUACGCCACCGGCAGGCCUCACGACGGAUGGCGCCUGACGCUACCCUUCUGGAUCGACUACUACAAGACCGGCAAGGCCACCGUUACGCAGGAGGGGCUCGUCACUUGGUAUCGCACGAGCCCGUCCGGCGCCUGCUCCAACGGUGGUACCGUCGGCAACACGGCGAGCCAGCUCCAGUUGGAGUUCCCCCCCGAGCAGAUCAUGCAGGACAAGCUCUUCUUCUCGGCCGUCCUCGCUGCCGAAGCCGAGGUGACGGUCACAGUCGGCGGCAAGGUCUUCUAUCCGACGUGGUCCUCGACCCCCGACGGCGGCGUCGGUGUCUACCACGGCAGCGUCGACGUCCGGGGCGUGACCGGAGACGUAAGCGCCCGGCUGUGGAGGCGCGGACGGGCCUUUGCGGAGAUCGCGGGUGCGGCCAUCAGCGCGGCGAGCUGUCACAACGGGCUCACCAACUGGAACCCCUGGGUCGGCAGCGCGACGUCUCGCGACCCCGUCUCCGCCACGACGCCGCGCUCGCGCGGAGAGCAGGGCUGCAUCAAAGGCACCGGUGCCCCGGGCUUCAAGGAGCUGUGCGAGUUCAACUGCCAGUACGACUACUGCCCGGUGUCCUCCUGUCUCUGCCAGGCCGUGGGGGCUCCGAGACCGAAGCCGGCCGAGCUGCAGAAGAGCGGCUACCCGGCCGCCGGCAGAAGCGAGAACUACUCCGGCCUCUGCUCGAACGCCUGCAACCUCGGGUUCUGCCCGCCCGCGUACUGCUCCCCCACCGUGCAGCCGCUGAUCGUGCCGACCGUCUCCGAGUUCCUCCCGCCGGCCUGCCAGAAGGGCGUGGCUCGCGCCGAGUAUCCGGGCCUCGGGGGCCUGUGUUCCUACGCAUGCAACUUUGGCUUCUGCCCCAUCCAUGUUUGUCAGUGUACCGUCCAAGGCGCGCUGACACGGCCGCCGCCCCAGAAGCCCGGCGUCACGGGAAAGCCGAGCGGGGGCGUCAACGACGAAAACCUGUGCAACUUCGCCUGCUCUCGCGGCUAUUGUCCCGACAACUGCGUGCUCGGCUCUUCUGAUCCUGCCCCGGACCCUGCGGACGAGUGUCGCCCAAGCGACAACACAUUCAAGGCCGAGACCAUGAGAACCGGCAGCCAUUAUCCCUGGUAUCUACUUGACGCCGAAUCCACAAGCGCCAAGGAAUACCAGUACAUCACGAUUGUCAACCUGACGCCCUACCGCUUCAAGUACCUCAAGGACAGCUCCAAUUUCCACCAGAUACGUGCCGACUUUGACGACAUCCCUCCCGGACAUGCCCGCCAGUGCGUCAUGGAAUAUGCCGUAUCGGGAGCCUCUAGGGUUGACGACAAGGGAGAGGCGUACUACGAGGUCGUAGGCACCGCCCGGCGGUUCAACAUCAAGGCGAGGACCCAUAUCCCACACCAGUAUCCGCGCCGCACCAUCGUCGAUCUCGACGGCUGGGGACUAGGCGCCAGGGAGUACGAGGACCCGGAUACGCAGGCGUCCGUCACCUUUGUGAUCACAGGCAGCGAGUCGUAUGGCUACCACCAUUCUAUGACCUGGGGUAGCUCGGACGACAACUGGAUGAGCUCGAUCCGUGACUCCAUAAAGGACAGGAAGCUGAAGCACGUGGUGAUGCCGGGCACGCAUGAUUCCGGCAUGAGCAAGAUUGGCAAAUACAAAUGGGGAGGAACCGAAGCCAACACUCGGACACAAGGCGGCGGUAUCUACACGCAGCUCCGAGCCGGCGCCCGAUAUUUCGACCUGAGGCCUGCGACGGUACCGGCGGACGGUGGGUUCCACCUCUUCCACGUCGUCGACUGGGACGCUCUUGUGGUACUUGGGGCCUCCGGCGUCACUCUCAACGAAGUGGUUGAUGACGUGAACAAGUUCACCUCUGAAAGUCCAGGAGAGGUCAUCAUCUUCUGGUUGGGCAACAUUGCGCAGUAUAUAGGGCCGUCGAAGGGCGGCCAUCCCAUCAACAAGGAGCAGACGAACGAGCUCUUCGCGAUGCUCGAGAAGAUCAACAACAGGUGCCCCGACCUCGGCAGCUCCCCCAAGUUCGGCGAUAGGAAGAUGGGGGAGUUCAUGUCCAAGAACAAUGGCCGGGGCUGCGUGCUCAUCAUGGUGGACCAUGUCGUAGCGGAGGGGGUCGCUGGGGACAAGACGACCGAGGGCAUCUAUCGAGCCCGUAACCACUUGGACUUCGACAACAACUGGGUGGAAGCGAGGUCGGUGGAGGAGGUGAUUGGAAAGCAGGUGGAGUAUUUCACGAAAACCAACCGGCGGCGCAUAAACGACAACACUGGAGAUGUCCUCACCAUCGCGCAGUUCCAGCUGACGCCCGAAUUGACUACCAGCGACAGGUACGGUCUGGAGGCCAUUGCCGUCCUCCCGACCAACCCGGCUUUGUACUAUGGUGCCGUGCCGGCCAUGACCCCGUACUAUUACCCGAGCGUCUUCAUGCAGGACUACUUCGGCGUCCGGCUUCCCAAGGCGCACGACUGGGACUCGCUUGGCGCCGAGGCGCGGGUGUUGGCCCUGGGCCUCAACCUGUACAUGGCGAGCGAGAACUGCGAAGUCAGCCCGGGGAGGAACCCUCUUUUUAAGAAGUCAUCGAAGCGGAGGCCGGCACCAUGGAAUGGCAUCAUUUUUGCCAACGGCACCGUCAUGAACACCCGGCCAGCACACUACGACCCUUGGCGCAACCCCGUGCUAAGGGCCGGGACGGUGUUCGGCAAUGGCACUGUGCUUACGAGGAACAUCACCAACCCGUUCCACUGA